AUGCCUGCUGAUAUUGUGCCCGAAUAUCUCAGCGUCGGUGGCAACAGACACAGCGCAGCCGCCGACUGGUCGGCGUCCUCGUCCUCGGGCCUCUUGGCCUUCGGCGCUGACCAGAACGUCGCCAUCUGGGAGCCGUUGCACGAUACUGGCCGCGGAAUCCACGCCUUGCUAUCGGGGCAUUCUUCAAAGGUCACAGCGGUCAAGUUCUUACCAUGCCACCUCGUGACGGGUUCUGCAAGUGGCGACCUCCUGGUGUUCGAGUUCCACGGCCACGGUCCUUCUCAGAGCUGGACUCUGCUGGACAGGGCCAAGGCCCACGAUGGGACGGUCAAUGCCAUCGCCACUUUCGACCGGGGCAACGCCUUCGUGACUGGAGGUGCGGAUGGGAAUCUAAAACUAUGGUGGAUCGGCCAGGAGAAGCUUGAACUAGGCGCAACAAUUCCGCUGACCCCCAGAUUCAUACCCUUGGCUUUGGCUGCCGGUCUCUUUCCUUCUAGCGCUACCGACUCGGCUUUCCUGGUGGUAGGGGGGACUAGGAAUGACAUCCAGGUGUACGGGAUCGAAGGAUUGUCGUCCUCGUCCACUCCUCAAACAAGAGUCAGACUAUGCGCAGCUCUAAGAGGACACGAAGCAUGGGUCAGGUCUCUGGCCUUGACGCCACAUCCAGAGGGUGGCUUCUGGCUGGCAUCUGCAAGUCAGGACAAAUACGUGCGCCUCUGGCGCUUCCAGCCGGGUGACGCCGUGCUCGCACAGAGACCCGUCGGCCCGACCGUUUCAGCAGGCACGGGGGACACAUUGACGGCAAAGGUCCAGACUGUGUCUACUUCUUACUCAAAGUACUCCAUCACCUUCGACGCACUUCUACUCGGCCACGAAGACUGGGUCUACAUGGCUGCAUGGCGUCCCCACGCCUCGAGCCCUCAGCUACUCACGGCCUCAGCGGACGGCUCUCUUUCAAUCUGGGAAGCCGACCCAGCUUCCGGCAUCUGGAUCAGUAUAUCUCGGCUGGGCCAGAUUAGUGGUCAAAAAGGAGCAACGACAGCCACCGGUUCAUCCGGGGGCUUUUGGACCGGACUAUGGAGUCCCGAUGGCGGAAUGGUCACUAGCCUAGGGCGGACCGGCAGUUGGCGCCUGUGGCAGUAUUCCGAACAAACGCAAUUUUGGACACAACGACAUGCCAUUAGUGGGCAUGUCAGUUCUGCCAAUGGAGUCUGUUGGGCGCCAGACGGAGGCUAUCUACUCUCCACCAGCUCGGAUCAGACGACAAGGCUACAUGCGGAGUGGCAAAGAGGCACGAAACGGAGCUGGCAUGAAUUUUCCCGGCCCCAGAUCCAUGGAUACGAUCUCAACUGCGUCGUCAGCACAUCUCCCUACCAGUUCUCGUCCGGAGCAGACGAGAAAUUGCUCCGCGUGUUCAACGAGCCGAAGGAUAUAGCAAAGAUGCUACACCGUCUAUGUCAAAUCCCGCUGCCGCCGGAACAAUCGCAGUUACCGGACACGGCUGCCAUCCCCGUUCUGGGCCUGUCGAACAAGGCGAUGGAUGAUAAUGAGGAUGUUACUCAGAAUGUGACGGCGGAGCAGCUUGAUUCGGACACAACAUCUCACGGAUCGGGGUCGUCGUUACUAGAUAUCCAAGAGCCUCCUACAGAGGACCUUCUGUCCCGACAUACACUGUGGCCGGAGCAUGAAAAGCUGUACGGGCAUGGGUAUGAGAUUUCGGCAGCCGCGACACCGGUUGAUGGGGGUGUUUUGGCUACUGCGUGCAAGGCGAGCUCAAUCGACCACGCCGUGAUCCGGCUCUACGACACGAACGACUGGCAUGAGAUCAAGCCGCCGCUGAGCGCACACUCUCUCACGGUCACUCGGCUCGCGUUUUCUUCUCAUCCACCCGGCCAUUUACUGAGCGUGAGUCGAGAUCGGCAAUGGGCAGUAUUCAGACAAGGAGAAGACGAUGGUGACCCACGGAGCUGGAAGUUGUUGGCAAUCCACCCGAAGGCGCAUGGUCGGAUGAUUCUGGAUGGUGCCUGGCUUGGAAACCGCCACCGGUUGAUGUUUGCAACAGCAGGGAGGGACAAAGUCGUCAAACUGUGGUCGGAACAGUCAGGGCCAGAUGGGGUCGAGUUCACGUGCAAGGUCUCGAUUGCCCGCAAAUCCGCAGUCACGUCCAUUUCUGCCCUGUACGAUGGUGACAACGGCUCAGUCCUGGCGGUCGGCGGGGACGACGGGAGUAUCUCACUUCACCGGGUCUACUGCACCGCUGAUGGGCCCGAAGUCCGGGAAAGCAUCGAGGUGGACCGUCGUUUCUGUCCGUCAAAGGCGGUGCACCAGUUGGCGUGGCGUCCGGUGACGGAGACGGGGACCGGGACCAGAGAACACCAUGGGGAAGGUCAGCUGGCCGUGGCGUCAGAGGACAGCUCAGUGCGGAUAUUGAAGAUCGACUUGAAAUCAGAGCCAAACAAAUGA